AUGGCCGAGGUGACGGAGCAGGAGACGAACAACCAGGUCGUCGAGCGGUUCUGCCGGUUCCUGCUCGACUUUAGCCCCGGUGCGAGCCCCGAGGACGCCGACGACGACGGCGGCGGGUGCGGCGGCGGCAAGCGGCCGUACGCGUCGCAGCUCGAGGGCAUGGUCGCGGCCGAGGAGGGCGCGACGGUGCGCGUGGACUUCGCGGAGCUCGAGCAGCACGACAGCGAGCUCGCCCUCGCCAUCGAGUCCGAGUUCUACCGCUUCGAGGUCUGCGCGCGCGCGGGCGCGAAGCGCGCGUACCGCGAGGUCUACGAGCGGUCCGUCGGCGCGGCGCGCGACGGGCCCGCGGGCGGCGACCCCCUCGACGCGAAGAAUCUGUUCGUCUGCUUCCGGAACCUGCACCGCGACGCGGCGAAGCUGCGGGACCUGCGGAGCGACAAGGUCGGGUCGCUCGUGCGGUGCCGCGGCGUCGUCACGCGGACGAGCGACGUGCGGCCGGAGCUGCUCGCGGGCUCCUUCCUCUGCCUCAAGUGCGGCCUCCAGGCCGACGACGUCGAGCAGCAGCUCCGCUACACGACGCCGACGAUCUGCCGCAACCCGCAGUGCAACAACGCGUCCGCCGCCGCGUGGCAGCUCCAGAUGGAGCGGAGCCGCUUCGCGGACUGGCAGCGCGUGCGGCUCCAGGAGGCGCCCGACGAGAUCCCCGCCGGGUCCUUACCCCGGUCCAUGGACGUGCUCGUGCGCGACGAGAUGGUCGAGCAGGUCAAGGCCGGCGACAAGAUCGUCGCGACGGGGUGCCUCGCGGUCAUGCCCGACACGGGCGGCCUCGCGCGCGCGGGCGAGGCCACGGUGAGUAGCCGCACGGGCCAGGACGGCAUGGCCCAGGGCGUGACGGGCACGAAGCAGGCCGGCUCCCGCGAGAUGACCUACCGGCUGCUCUUCAUGGGCAGCUCCAUCGAGCGGUCCGACGACGUCGGCGGCGACGCGGCGCUGCGCGAGGACGAGGAGGACGAGGCGCUGCGCGCGCUGGAGACGGCGGGGGGCGUCACGGACGACCCGGACCGCAUCAUGACGCCCCGCGACGCCCGGGACCAGGUCGUCGCGCGGCGCAUGCGCCAGCACCCGCGCGUCUACGACGCCUUGGCCGAGUCCGUCGCGCCCGCGGUCUACGGCCACAAGGACAUCAAGCACGGCGUGCUGCUUCAAUUGGUCGGCGGCGUCCACAAGCGCACGCACGAGGGCAUCAAGCUCCGCGGCGACGUCAACGUCUGUAUCGUCGGCGACCCGUCGACGGCGAAGUCGCAGUUCCUGAAAUACGUGCACUCGUUCCUCUCGCGGUCCGUCUACACGUCCGGUAAAGCGGCGUCCGCGGCGGGCCUGACGGCGUCCAUCGCCCGCGACGGCGAGACGGGCGAGUUCUGCGUCGAGGCGGGCGCGCUCAUGCUCGCGGACAACGGCGUCUGCUGCAUCGACGAGUUCGACAAGAUGGACAGCGCGGACCAGGUCGCCAUCCACGAGGCCAUGGAGCAGCAGACCAUCUCCAUCACCAAGGCGGGCAUCCAGGCGAACCUGAACGCGCGGACGUCGAUCCUCGCGGCCGCGAACCCGAAGCACGGCCGCUACGACAAGUCGAAGACGCUGAAGGCGAACGUCGACAUGACCGCGCCCAUCAUGAGCCGCUUCGACCUCUUCUUCAUCGUCGUCGACGACUGCGACGAGCUCACGGACCGGGCCGUCGCGACGCACAUCGUCGACGUGCACCGCGGCGAGCGGAAAGCCUUGGACGCGCCGUUCACGCUCGACGAGCUCCGGGCCUACGUCCGCGUGGCCAAGAAGCUCACGCCGGAGAUCGGCGACGCGGCGCACACGACCCUCGUCAAGUGCUACCGCCAGCUGCGGCAGAACGACUGCGUCGGCCGCAACAAGACCGCGUACCGCGUCACCGUGCGCCAGCUCGAGUCGCUCGUCCGGCUCUCCGAGGCGCACGCGCGCAUCCGCAUGAGCGACACGGUGGAGCCCGACGACGUCAGGGAGGCCUUCCGCCUGCUCAAGAAGUCGAUCAUCAGCGUCGAGUCCGAGGCCGUCGUCCUCGACGAUUUGGACGACGACGACGAC